CGAAUCUCCACGUCAGUAUUUUUAUACGCUUCAGAUUUUGUUGUUUUAAGUAAUUCCAUCGGCAUUGAUUUGCUUGCUUUUGGUUUAGGUUUAGUUUAGGCUUCUUCUUGAUGUGGACAAAUUUCAAUUUCUGAGGUGAAAUUGGUGGAGUGAGAAAUGGUUUCAAGCGCAAGUGAAGAGGCAGGAAUAGGGAAGUAUCUGGAGGGAGUGCUAAAGGGGCAGCAGAUGGAAAAUGGAACUCCAUUAACAUCACUUCCACACUGCAUCAGUGAUGAUGAAGACGAUGAUGAAUACGACGAUUAUGAAGUGGACGAUGAAGAUGAUGACGGACCUAAACCAGUUGAUCUAUAUGGAAAAUUUACCUGGAAGAUUGAAAAGUUUUUACAAAUUAACAACAGAGAACUUCGGAGUAAUGAAUUUGAGAUUGGCGGCUACAAAUGGUAUAUUUUGAUUUAUCCUCAGGGAUGUGAUGUCUGCAGUCAUCUCUCUUUGUUUCUUUGUGUGGCUGGUCAUCACGAUCUUCUUCCAGGCUGGAGUCAUUUUGCACAAUUUACUAUAGCUGUGGUUAACAAAGAUCCGAAGAAGUCCAAGUAUUCAGAUACAUUGCAUCGUUUCUGGAAGGAAGAACAUGAUUGGGGAUGGAAAAAAUUUAUGGAGCUCGACGAAGUUGUAGAUGGAUUCGUUGAUUCUGGUACCCUCAUUAUCAAAGCUCAUGUUCAAGUUAUCAGGGAGAGAGCAGACCGUCCUUUCCAUUGCCUUGACGUCCAAUAUAGGAGAGAAAUUGUUGGGGUGUAUUUGACGAACGUUGAGAAAAUUUGCCUUCAUUUUGUGGAAGAGCAACGAGGAAAGCUUGGGAAAUUUAUAGGGGAUAAAGCUAGAUGGCCGAGUUUCUGUGCUUUUUGGCUGGGAAUAGACCAAAAUUGUAAACGCCUCAUGUUGAGGGAGAAAUCAGAUCAGAUUCUGAAAUUGAUGGUCAAGAACUUCUUCAUACAAAAAGAGGUUACGUCUACUCUUAUGAUGGAUUCAUUGUGCAGUGGUCUUGAAGCUCUGGUAGGCCAGACUAAUGGAGAGUCAGGUAAAGGGAAUGCAGAGGAACAAACAGUUCCUAUUGUUUCCAUGGAGAACGACAUGUUUGUCUUGGUGGAUGAUGUCUUGCUUUUGCUUGAGAGGGCUGUUUUGGAGCCGUUCCCUCCGAAGAAUGAAAAAGGUCCUCGAGACCAUACAAAUGAUGUCACUCCUGGAGAAGACACGAACGAAGAUUCCAUUCAGCGCGAUGAGAGGCGCUUAAAUGAACUAGGUCGGCAAACUAUUGAAAUAUUUGUCCUUGCACAUAUUUUCAGUAAAAUAGAGGUUGCAUAUGAGGAAGCUGUUGCAUUAACGGAGCUAGAUAAACUCAGUAUUGAAGAGGCUGUUUAGCUGGCUGUAACUGAGCAGAAACCUAAACUAGUAUCUGAUUAGGAAAAAACAGUUAUUGAUUUGCAUUGAGUUCGAUUUCAAAAAUUGCAUGAAGAAUAAGAUUUUCAUUAAUUAUACAAUUAUUAAUCGAUAAAUCUGAAAGUGAUGCUACUAGGUCAGUUUCUGUUUGC